UGUUGCUUGUGCAGGAAUCUGCAGGACGUCUUCCACUCACUGCUCUGAAGAGGAGAUACCUAUGAACCUCAGGAGUAUAAAUGGGAAUGAACCAACAGAAGGAAAUAACCAACUGAAUAGCAGUGAAGAAAAGCCACAAGAAACACCAACUGAAUCAAAUUGUUUGCAGAGACUGAGAGAAACAUUUGCUCGCCCUCCACGUGAAUUACUGGCUACAGCAAUAAGAAAUGCUACCAUGAUUGUUCUUCUGUGCGCUUUAGUUUGGUUAGAUCAUGGCAGUGAAAUUCUCCCUGGAGGAAACGUAUUUGGAAUCAUAAUCGUGUGCUCUUGUGCCAUGAUUGGAGGUAAACUGGUGGGGCUCAUUAAGUUACCUACCUUGCCUCCACUGCCUUCUCUUCUUGGCAUGCUGCUUGCUGGGUUUCUCAUCAGAAAUAUCCCAGUCAUCAGUGAUAAUGUGCAGAUCCAGCACGAGUUGUCGUCCUCUUUGAGAAGCAUAGCCCUGUCUAUCAUAGUGGUUCAUGCCAGCCUUAAACUGGAUACAAAGGUAUGAAGUAGGGAUUUCUAAUUGCUGAAUAGGAAUUUUGCUCCUCCAAUACUGCAAGUGUUUAGAAUCACUGAGCUUUACAAAGAGGAUGUGGACACUCUGCAUGACGGUCUCAAGGAGGGAAUAGCAAUUAUUCCAUACAGGACUAUUGUGCAGUUAGUACCUUAUGCUUCAGAGACCUCAGAAACUGUUCCUGUGCUUUCUUGGAGAAAGGUGAAGUGGGGACAGCACCAAGAAUAAAGGUUCCCCUUUUCUCUGACAGAGAUACAGGCCAUAGUUAUAAACUAUCG